CGCAGCCUUCUUUAUCCCUUGGAAUUCCCCUCCAAGACCUGACCAGACUCCACCCAUGUCCACACACAAUGGUCACCCCUGAACUUGGGAUCCAACCUGAACGGCUCUCGUUUGCCCCCCCCCAUCGGGGCGCUAGAGCUCGCCAUGACAAUUGUUGAAAAACUUGCAGUUGUUGAUGUGUCGGGUCGUGACGUGGUAGAUUCUGAUGUGCCUGCUGCUGAUGUGGCAGGUGCUGAUGUGCCAGCUUCUUACUAUUUGUGGCAGUCGGUUGCUGUUGUGAUCGUUGUACCUGACAUGGAAGCUGCCGUUGUUGUUGUGGCAGGCCCUCCAGCUCCUUCACCUGCUGAGGUGGCAACUGUUGUGGCUGCAGAAGUGGCAGUUGCUGCGAGUACUCAUGUGGCAGCUGCUGUGGCUGAUGAAGUGGCAGUCGGUGCAGCUAAUGACGUGACAGCUGUUGCGGCUGAUGAAGUGGCAGCUACUACGACUGCUGACGUGGCAGCUGCUACGCUGCUGAUGCACAGACCUCCUGACAUGGCAGCUGCUGCGGCACAGACCUGCUGACGUGGCAGCUGAUGCGGCUGCUGACAUGGCAGCUGCUGCAACCG